GUCAUCUUGCUGCUACUACGCCCUGCUCGGCAUCCGUAAGAACGCCUCCUCCACCGACAUACGUGCCGCCUACCGACGGCUCGCCAUGAAGUGGCACCCGGAUCGGUGGGCGAGCGACCCCGGCGCGACGGGCGAGGCGAAGCGGCGGUUCCAGCGGAUCCAGGAGGCCUACUCCGUUUUGUCCGACAAGGGGAAGAGGGCCAUGUACGACGCCGGGCUCUUUGAUCCCCUCGACGACGACGACCAGGAUUUCUCGGACUUCAUGCAGGAGAUGCUGGUGAUGAUGGAUAGCGUGAAAAACGAGAAGCCGGACACGCUCGAAGACCUGCAGAAGAUGCUGGAUGACAUAGUCAACGGCGACGGCGGUAGCCGCGCCACUGCUGGUGCUGGUGGUAGCGGCGGCGGUGGUGGUGGCUGCGGUGGUCGCGUUCCACCGGAGGCCAACCGCAGAACUCGUGUCGCCCCUUACCCGCAGCCUUCGCGAAGGUGAUGGACGCGCCGGUGCUCGUGACGUGCACGCACCGCUGCGCUUGUAGGAGAGAGAUCAGAGCAAGAAGAGAGCAACCAGCGUGAAAAAAAACAUUAGCAAAUCAGAAUUGUUGCUCGAUCCCCUUGUUGGGGUGGUUACAACUUAGUGUUUAGAUCAUCUUUGAUGACAAUUGACGCCGUCGAUCUGUUUAAUUGUGUUCCUUUGGCUGGUUGGUGCUUCAGUCGCAGCCAAGAAUUGGCGUGGAUGCGCGGCCGCCCAAAGAUUCCAUCAUCUUUCCGGACAUUUCGAUCCUCAGUUAAAUUUGUUCUCCCAAUUGUUGCUCGAAUAUACCUCGUCUCCAUGGACGUUUCCCCU